ACAGAACGAGGCUCUUGCUCAUCCUCAUCACUCCUCUUCAUUAUCCACUCAAGUGGUUCUUCUUGCGACAGUGCUCCAAAUUAGUCUUUGAGCAAGCCUUCCCUCUUUGUCAUGGCUGCUGCUGCUGCUUUAAGGAGCCUCUUGAAGAAAAAAUCUACAACAUGCAACCAGUUCAUGCUGAGGAGAUUAGUCUCCACCCAACCUAUUGUUGAUUCUCCAUCUUUUGCUCAGAGACUCAGAGAUUUGCCUCUGGAUCUUCCUGGAACCAAAGUCAAGAAAGAUGCUUCUCAGCUCAUUGGCAGAACUCCCCUUGUAUUUCUUAAUAAAGUUACAGAAGGAUGUGGAGCUUAUAUUGCUGUAAAGCAAGAGAUGUUCCAGCCUACUGCUAGUGUUAAAGACAGACCCGCAUUAUCCAUGAUAGAAGAUGCAGAGAAGAAAAACUUGAUAUUUCCGGGCAAGACAACUCUGAUAGAACCCACUUCAGGAAACAUGGGAAUAAGUAUGGCAUUUAUAGCAGCCAUGAAAGGAUAUAAGAUGGUUCUGACCAUGCCCUCUUACACAAGCUUGGAGAGAAGGGUGACUAUGAGAGCAUUUGGAGCGGAAUUAAUCCUCACUGAUCCCACUAAGGGGAUGGGAGGGACGGUUAAGAAGGCACACGAGCUUUUGGAAUCUACACCAAAUGCUUUCAUGCCGCAACAAUUCUCUAACCCUGCCAAUACUAAGGUGCAUUUUGAAACUACAGGUCCUGAAAUAUGGGAGGAUACUCUGGGGAAAGUAGACAUCUUUGUUAUGGGCAUUGGCAGUGGAGGAACUGUCUCUGGUGUUGGGCAGUAUCUUAAAUCUCAAAAUCCUAAUGUUAAGAUUUAUGGGGUGGAACCAGCUGAAAGUAAUGUAUUGAAUGGUGGUAAACCAGGUCCUCAUCUCAUUACUGGCAAUGGGGUUGGAUUCAAACCAGAUAUUUUGGACAUGGAUGUAAUGGAUAAAGUUCUUGAGGUUGGAAGUGAAGAUGCAGUGAAAAUGGCUAGGGAAUUGGCCUUGAAAGAGGGGCUAAUGGUUGGGAUAUCUUCAGGUGCCAACACAGUUGCAGCAUUAAAACUUGCUCAAAUGCCCGAGAACAAGGGCAAACUUAUUGUUACUCUUCAUGCGAGCUUUGGUGAGCGGUACUUGUCAUCUGCCCUGUUUGAAGAGCUGAGGAAAGAGGCUGAGAGCAUGCAGCCAGUUCCAGUUGACUAAUGCUAUUAGCGUGUUGGCCUGUGAAAAGCUCAAAAUUCUAUUGGAAAUUUCUUGUUUCAAUGCUCUGGUUGAGCUAUGCUUGUCUGGAAUUUGAUGUGUUCUUAAAUUUAGGUGCAGAAUAUAAUAACUUUUGGUCAAAUUUUCCCUUAA